CACCAAAAAGUGUUUAGUAUAGUGUAGCCUAUUUCUUUCCAUUGCGUUUUUGACGACGCAAAAUAUUUUCAAUAUGGCUGAAAAAUCUGCGAUCGGACGUCUUGAUGGAAAAGUGGCACUUAUUACGGGCGGUAGUUCUGGGAUUGGGGCAGGAACUGCCAAGAUGUUCUGUCAGCAGGGGGCCAGGGUUGCGAUUAUGGGGCGAAAUUCAGAGAACUUGCAGAAAGUGGCAGAUGAAUGUGAGAGAAUUAACAACCAAAAGGCUCUCUGUAUAAUUGGAGACAUUACCAAGGAAGAGGAUGUCAAGAAGAUUGUAGAGGAGACUAUAACGUUCUAUGGCAAACUUGAUGUACUGGUAAACAACGCUGGAAUUGUUGGACUUGGCUCCAUAGAAACAACAUCUCUUGAGCAGUAUGACACUAUCAUGGACACCAAUGUCAGGGCAAUGUAUCACAUGACAAUGUUGUGCACACCAUAUCUGGUGGAGUCUAAAGGAAACAUUGUGAAUGUCUCCAGUGUGAAUGGACUGCGUUCUUUUCCUAAUGUUUUGGCCUACAAUAUGUCAAAGAGUGCUGUUGAUCAAUUCACAAGAUGCUGCGCCUUGGAUUUGGCACCGAAACAAGUAAGAGUUAAUAGUGUGAAUCCAGGCGUGAUCAUCACAGAGAUCCACAAGCGAGGUGGGCUGGAUGAGGAGGGCUAUCAGAAGUUCCUUGAGCGUACCAAGGUCACGCAUGCGCUGGGUCGGCCUGGCCAGGUGGAGGAAGUAACCGCCAUGAUUGCGUUCCUCGCGUCAGACAAUGCGUCAUUCAUCACUGGGGCUCAGAUACCUAUAGAUGGAGGAAGACACGCCAUGUGUCCACGAUAAUGGAGGACUUUCUUCUGUUUGAAAUAAUUGUGCAGUGGCAUUGUAUGUGGGGCCCAAACAUGUGUACACAUCGUGACAGUUGUCUUGCAUUUGAAAUUGUAAAGCAUGAUUUAUUUGGCAUGCAAACAUUAUGUGUGUGCGUAUCAUUUCAGCUGUCUUUCAUUUAAAAUUUUGGAAUUGGCUUAUAUUGGGACGUAAAUGUGGUUGUUUAAUGAUUGAUAUCUCACAUUUUAAUUUCUUGAGUAUGGUUGUAUAUGGGGCCAAAAAAUAUGUACACCAAUUGUGACACAUAAUUGAAAUUGUGUAGUGGGUUGUACCUAGGCGUUCAUAUGUUAACGUGAGUGCUUUUUAUGAGAUAUUAUUUCAACAAAUCAAUUUUUGAUGGUUGUGAAAAAGAGAAGUAAAACGCAUUUAUGAUGGAAA